CGGCAGUCUACCUCGAUUCAGCAGCCUGGUGGUCAGGAUGACAUCCCUCAUUCUUCUCCUAACCCGUUUGAUAUCUCCAGAGGCAGACUUGGUGGUGAGCCCUCAGGGAUGGACGACAUCGUAUCCCUCAUGCACCCAGUCCUUGACGAAUGGAGUGAAGAAUCUGAUCUGGAUGAGGAUUCAUCCUACCGCCUCUUCAAUUCGGCUGAUUACCUCCCCCUCUGCCGUAGAGUGUUGGACACCCUGGACAUCCAACCUGCACAAACACAGCAGGCGGCUCCUCCUGUGAAAGGCACCAGGGUCCUCAAAUCACCCCGGUCAGCGGACCAUUCAAUUCCAGUACCAGAUCCCAUCAAUAAGCUGGCCAGAGAGGAAUGGGCCCGUCCUCUACGUCCACGUCGCUUUUCACCAUUGGCCAACAAACUUUAUUCUUUGGCCCCGGACUUUAUGUCCUUCCUGAAUGUCCCUGGCAUCGACCAGCCGAUUUCGGACUUGAUUUCUAGGUCUCUCCUUCCGAAAGAAGGAGAUUCGCAACUCAAGGACCCCUCUGAAAAGCGACUUGACUUCGCACUCCGCAAGAACCAUGAGGCAUCCGCCUUCUCCAUCUGGGCCUCGGCUGCUGCCUCAAUUUUCUCCAGGGCCUCCAUGAUGUGGCUUGAUGACCUAUUGGACGAUCCCAACCAGGAUCCAGCCACACUGAGAAAGGGGCUAGUCAAGCUACAUAAGGCGGCCGCAUUCAUGGCAGAUGCCACCUUGGACGCCACCCACCAAGGAGCAAGGGCCCUGGUCGCCGAAGUAGUAGCUCGAAGGACCUUAUGGCUACGACACUGGGAUGCCGAUUCUACGGCCCGAACCAAUUUGUCCAUGGCUUCCUACUCGGGGUCACUGCUCUUCAGGGAAGACGCCCUUAAAGCGGUCCUGGUUGACUGUGAUGUUCCUCUAUUAGUGUAUAUAUGAUUACUCUGCAAUGACUACAGCAAGAUACAGACCUACUUGGGACUUGGUGCUUGACCCUCUUGUGUCGUGCAAGCUCUGCCUUGGGGAAUAUCCAGUGGAACAGAUGACGACCAUAGCACAAUGCCAAUGCAUCUUCUGUACCCUGUGCCUGAAACAGUACGUGGAGCUUUUGAUCAAGGAAGGGUUAGAAACAGCCAUUAGCUGCCCUGAUGCUGCCUGUCCAAAGCAAGGUCAUCUUCAAGAAAAUGAAAUUGAGUGUGUGGUUGCAUCAGAAAUCUUGCAGAGGUACAAGAAGCUACAGUUUGAAAAAGAAGUGCUUUUGGAUCCUUGUCGGACUUGGUGUCCAUCUUCAUCCUGCCAAGCAGUUUGUCAGCUUCAGGAAUCAGGCCCUCAGAAUCCCCAGCUGGUACAAUGCAAAGCUUGUGACAUAGAAUUUUGCUCGGCAUGCAAAUCCAAUUGGCAUCCAGGACAAGGCUGUCAAGAAAAUAUACCAGUCAACUUCCUUCCAGGGGAGACAAGCUCUGUUUAUAAAAUGGAAGAAGAUGAUGCACCAAUCAAACGCUGCCCAAAAUGCAAAGUUUAUAUUGAGCGGGACGAAGGCUGUGCCCAAAUGAUGUGUAAGAACUGUAAACAUGCCUUUUGCUGGUACUGUUUGGAAUCACUUGAUGAUGACUUCCUCCUUAUACAUUAUGACAAAGGACCUUGCCGAAACAAGCUAGGUCAUUCUAGGGCAUCAGUUAUUUGGCACAGAACACAGGUUGUGGGGAUCUUUGCGGGAUUUGGUCUGUUGUUGUUAGUGGCUUCUCCUUUUCUUUUACUCGCUACCCCAUUUGUUCUUUGCUGCAAGUGCAAGUGUAGUAAAGGAGAUGACGACCCUCUACCUACUUAGAUGGAGUGAAGAUGGGACUGGCUCAUCAUCGCAGUUUCCUACCCCCUUCUUGCACUUAACAUUGUGUUAGCCUUACUUGCCCUGAUCCUGACUUCAGUGCACGAGAACUAAGGUGCCAUGAUUCCAGGCAUUCUUACCCACAAGUCGGAUUACAGAGUACAAGGCAUUUUGGUGUGUUUAGGGGCCAGUGUAAAGCGAACUGAACAUCAGAAACAUUAAUGUAUUGGUAACACAAGGCUAUGUUGGCAGACUUGGAACUAUGAUGGUACAUCGUUGCAACAAAAACUCUUUUAACAUACCUGUUUGCAUCAAAUUGAGGUAUCUUACUGCUAAACGUGUAUUUUAAAAAAAUCACCAUUUAAAAUCAGUCUUUUUUAGGUGUGACUUUAAAUAUCUGUUUAAUGAAACUGAAGUCUCUGAAUACUUGCUGUAGGAAAAUAUCGAGCAUCCACACACCCGUACCUGCCUCACACACAAAAUUAUAAUAGCAACCUGGUAGGGUACAUGUAGGCCAGGAUGGCUAAUCCUCUGUUGGGGAGGCCUGAAGUGGGCUCUCCAAGAAAAUAUUUCUGGCCCCCUCAAGAUCCUGCCAAAUUUGUCAGGGACAAAAAAAAAUUCUAAAAAAUAUAGACAUAGUCCUGAGAAGAGAGUUAACCCUCUCUGCCCAGGCCAGCACCCUAAUGGGAUACAAAUCACCCCUUUCCCAAUCAUCAGAUUGAUCAUUUUUUGAGUAGGGGGAGGCUAUAAUGCCCUCCUCAGCUGAUCUGCAUGUGGAUGUGUGUUUUUGUGUGUGCAUGCGAGAGUAUAGAGUGGUCACACCCACCACCGGCAUGCAGCCCCAGGAGGGAUCGCAAAGGGUGAAUGUGGCCCUUGGGCUAAAAAAAAGAUUAGCCACCCCGAUAUAGGACAUCCUUUGCCUGUGACUUUUCAAUGAGAUGCCAUUUCUGCCUAUUUACAUUUUGGGAAACUUUGUGAGCUAUUUGUGUGGAAAUACAUUUGGUUAAAAGAAGAUUUGAGGCUGAGAUACAUGACCCAGACCUGCUAACCUAUCAAGGCUCUUUUUAAAAAAUGUUAUUUUUUAUUCUUUGAAAGUCUAUCUUAUCCUUUUUUCCCCUCUAUAUAUCUUUGACCUGUUACUUGGCUGUCUGUUACAUAAAUAGGGCUACCUUUAAUCAGGUAUCUUUUUAUGUACAUAGAAAGUUCUGUUUUAAACCAAAUAGAUGUUCUCUUGAAUAUUAUGAAGGUUCAAGGCACAUGACUCAUCUGUUUUUGAUAGUAGAUGCCAUUUAUAAAGAAACUAUGGUCAUGGCCAUUUCCUACCUGGACACUGCUCUGUGAAUGGGGAGGAGUAAGCAUAGGAUUCAGUGGAGCCCUCUUUGCUUUUUCACCCUCACUGUUACUUGUCAGAUGCACUACACAAAAUGGGAGAUCCAGGGCUGUAUUCACCCAGUCGUCCUGUUCUUCCCUAGUGCUCUGGUUCAUAUUAUUUGACCCUCUAGGAAUCUAGAGAGGGCUGGAUGCAUAUAGGAGGAGACCUGCUAUCUUGUGUAAUGGUUAGCAUGCAGCAGACAGGUAGGCAAGGAGAAGGAGGAAAAAGGGUGCCAUUAAGCCUUAUGUCCAUCUCAGUCCGUAUGGGGAAGGCUAAUGCCCAAAGGUAAUGUCCAAAAGUAAUGUACAAUACUCAGCAACCCCACCCUAUAAAGUAUGCAAAUUUGGAGACUCGAGAGUUUGCUUUGUUUCAAUUUGCUUCAGUUAAUAAAAAAUGCCUGUAAUAGCGAUAAUGUAGACUGUGUUAAAAUUACUAGCAUUUUAGUUGAUUUAAAAACAAUUAUAUCUCAUGCUGUGUGAUACUGUGGCAACAAACAUUUUGUUUUUGUUUGUUUUUAAGUAUCCCUUUUUCCAUCUUAUUUUUUAAUCAUCUUGCUGCUUUAUUGUUGUCCUGGCUCUUGUGUAUUUUGAGGUGCUGCAAUUCCCCUAAUGUGGACAUCAAUUUGCUAUUGACAGUUGACAUUACUGUUUUUUGUUAUUCCGUGUGAGAACUGUAAACAACGCGCUUAAAACACAUAGAUGUCCGUACCAGGAAAAAGUAUUAGCUGAAAUAUAGUAUAACCAUAUGAAACAUGAUCCCAAACAAAGAGGAAAACGCGAAAUCUUUAGAUGCAUGUAACAACAGAUGUAACAACAGCAAAACAGAAGCUGUUUCUGGGCAUAAGUCCGCAGCAGUUGGGAUUGAGGGGUAGUGCAUGAAUCUAAUCAAUACCUGAUCCCUGCUAUCCCCAGAUGCCAAAGAAUUGAUCCAUUGAUUGCAGUCUGCAUUUCAGGAGGAAAUGUUCUGCCCAUUUUGGGACCUCUGGCUUUAUACUAAUACACCCAGUCAGUGGCAUAAUAAGUUGUCAUGGAGAUGCACCCUCAGACAUCAUUAUGGUACAGUAGGGCCCUGCUUUACGGCGCUCUGCUUUACGGCGCUUCGCUUUACGGCGCUUCGCUUUACGGCGCUUCGCUUUACGGCGCUUUGCUAAUGCGGCAGUCUCAAUUAGACGCAAUUAGACUAAAGCCCCACUCAUACAGCGCUUGUUCCGCUUUUACGGCGGUUUUCGGGCAUUGCGCACCAUUCUAAUCAAUGAGUUUUGCUUUACAGCAGUUUUCACUUUACAGCAGGGGUCCAGAACGUAACCCACCAUAUGAGUGGGGCCCUACUGUAUUGGUGGCCACAGCAAGAUGAAGAUAGUAUGUCUGCUCCUAACGGUCAAGUUACAGAGCCCACCAUGCAUGGAAACAUGUAGUUCUCUGCCAUGUUUCCAGACAUUCUGCUUAUUAACCACCAGUAGGUACAAAUUCAUUGCCCAGUUGUUCUUCCAUUUCUCAUCCUUUAAGUAGAGACAGAAAGCAUCAAUGAAAAUUGGAGAGACCUGCUAAUGUGGUCACUCACUUUUGUUCUCUGGUUUGCUGACUGCAGCGUGUAUGCAUGUGUGUGUGUGUGUGUUCGCUCACAGAACCUCCAGAGGAAUUCUGUCAAUCUGACCCCAUCAGAUUAUAACAAAUGUCUAAAUCUGCAACACACAGAAACAAAUGGCUUUAGUGAAACAUUUCUUUACCUUCAGAUUGCAGUCUCGGUCUUGUCUUUGGAAGCCAUGUUCUUCCUAACAUAUCACAUCCAAUACCUUAAAGAAUACUUUAAAUAGCAAAAGGUUCUUAGAACUGAAGCACACUUUGAAAUCCAUUUUACAUCCUGCAUAUCAGACAUAUCACUCUGUAUUUUAAGUUUGGCUCCUUGCCUUGAAUCAGGUAGUUUCCAUUUGUUGAGAAUUGAUUGUUACAUAUUUUGACUGACCAUCUUUCCCUGAAAUAGAGGGUAAUGUAAUGAACUUGUUUAAACUUUAAUUUUGAAGCCUCUGUACAGGAACAUUAAACAAUUUUUGUUGUAAUUCUAAUGAACUUCAUCUCCUGAUAUCAGUCAUGUUUUAUUUCUGUUUCGAUUGUAUUAGUACAUUGCCUUAAAUCUCCUUUUAAUGGAGGAUUACAUCAUUUUGUGUAUUCUGUUGGACCAGACUGUCAAGUUUAUUCCAUGGCCUAGGAUGUUCCCAGCCCCCCCUCCCAAUGACCUGGGAUAUAAUUCUACACACUAUAUGACAGCAGCAAAUAGCCAAAUGUCCUGCUCCAUUGAAUGUAUGCCAAAUUGAGUUUUGUCCUUGUGGAGCUGGCCACAUAAUUUUAACUGCAUCUUAGUUGGUCCACAGAUUGCAUUUUGCAGAUUUGUUGUAACUUUAAAGCUUCUUUGGGAAGCACUUAGGGUAUGAUAUCAUUGUUUUCUACUUGAGCUCUUGUACCAUACAAAGCUAUCAUUUUUCCAGUGUCAAGUAUCUCAGUCUUUUAGAUAACAUUUAUUCUGUGUAAUUUAGAUUGCAAAAAAUAAGAAUAUUUAGACCAGUUCUUUUUAUACAGUGAAUGGUCUAGUAUAAUUAGCACAAUAUCUUUCUAUACAUACACUUGUAUGUGAUUAUAAAGAUUUGGCAGAGGGGAAAAGCAAUAGGUUAUUUUUCACAGAUACCUUUUCCAUGGAUUUGGUUUCUGAAUUACAUUAUCUGGUUUCCAGAGCAGCACCAAUGUAUUAGCAAUCCCAUCGUUUUUCCAUUUUUGAUUUCCAGACUUUGUUCAGACUGCCAUGCAUGCACAAUUUGUCACAUUCAGUUCCUGUUUUUUCCUUAUCAGUUGCCAAUGAGCAUGAGUACAUAUGCAUGCUGAUUUUUGUUUCAGUGCAACUGAAGCAAUGCUGUGAUUGUAUCAAGAGCCUUUAGAGCCUUUGUUUUAAAUACUCAAUGAAGUUCUUGGCCACCAGUAACCUGUAAGAGAGAGGACAGACUAAAAAUGAGAACUGAAAACUGCAGCAAAUUAAAAAAAAAACAAUUUUAGACAUUUUUCAAGUUAAGUGGGGGGGGGAAGGUGGAAUGUAGGACUGACCCAACCCACAGACCAACAGCAAAACAAAGAACUCAUCCCUAGUUUUGUACAGGCAUACCCCGCUUUAACGUACGCAAUGGGACCGGAGUGUGUAUGUAAAGUGAAAAUGUACUUAAAGUGAAGCAAUUAUCUAUGCAUGUACUGCACUGCAAUCGCCACUAGAUGGCAGUGGCGUCAUGCCAUGAAGUGUCCGUAAUUGCAACGCGCGCGUAUGUUAAAUGGGGUAUGGUGGCGUAUGGAGCAUGUAUGUUAUAGCGAGGCGACGAUAAGUGAAGCGACGUUAAGUGGGGUAUGCCUGUAUAAAUCAAAACUCUUUGGCCUACAGACUGCUCAAUCUCAAUAGGAAGUUUGUCCAUUGUCUACUUAAAAGCACAUGAAGGUUAGUGUUACAAAGAGACUUCUUCCAGGAAAUCUGAAGAUGGAUAACAAUAGAAUUAGUUGCAGAUGAUGAUGUUAUUAGGGAUUUCCAAACAGCCUGCAGUCAUGCUUACUUACUAAUAAGGUAAACGUCUGCCAUUUUGUGUUUAAGGCCCUGUGGUAGUUCUUGCUUUGUUAACAUUUCUAUCUUUUAACAAAGACCAGGAACAUUUAGUACAGGUAUGUGCCAUGUAACUGAACCUUCCUUACUCAUUUUACCAUGGAUGUAUUUUUAACCUUGUACAGAGAAGCACGGAGGAGUCAUGCGUACGUAUAAAUGAUGUAUUUGACUAGGGUAAAAAGAACUUAAUUUUUGUUUCUGUAUUUGAAAUGUAACUCCAUUUUGUGCCACUAACACUGUGAUGUAUAAAAGAGCUGUUGAAUGCCUUUGAAUGUUGUUUUGUACUUUGAAUCAUAUUG